AUGUUCCUCGGCGCCCAUUGUGACGCAAACGGCAUUGUUUCCCAACUCGAAAUCGUUUCUUUCCGCGGCUCCAGGACUACCAGUAUAACCUACAUAAGGUUGACUGCAUUUCUGGCGGCAGUCGGCACACGAGAUGUCUCAGUUGCGAAGCUACUUAUCCAACACGGCGCCAAUGUCAAUUUUCCCGCCAAUGGGCCCGUGAAACGGACUCCACUACAAAGAGCAGCCGAGAUUGGGAGCAUGGACAUAGCCAACCUCCUGCUCGAACAUGGAGCAGAAGUCAAUGCUCCACCAGCCAGGGAUGGUGGCGGCACGGCCCUUCAGCUGGCUGCCAUGGGGGGUUACAUUGGCAUCGCGUGGGAACUGAUGACCAAAGGCGCCAACGUGGAUGCCAAGGCUUCCGCCGCCAAUGGCAGAACCGCACUUGAAGGAGCCAGCGAGCAUGGGCGUCUUGAUAUGGUGGCGGUACUUCUGAAGGCUGGUGCAGCUGAUAACGGGAAGGAUCACGCGCAGUUGAAGAGAGCGAUGGAGUUCGCGAAGGAGAAUGGGCACUUCCACAUAUUCAAGAUCAAGGGUUUCAAAACCUGA